AUGACUCAGUACUCCACAGGAUCUGGAGUCGAAGUCGGUUUUGAGUCCUUCGUCAAAGAGCUCUACGCCUCCGCGGAGGACCCGUCUGCUACAAGCACUUUUACCGAUUUCUUCACACCCAACGGGCAGCUCAUUGUUCUUGAGAACAUCGCUACUGGCUCCGAAGAGAUUGUCGCGCUGAAGGAGGAGCUUCUCCCCGUAGCUGGCAACAAGCUUUGGAACCAUCUUCCUAACGUGACCACCGUUGAUUCAGAAACAACCGCCGAGAAGACAUACCAGGUGCUUGGUGUUAUCGAGACGAGAUACGAUGGUGGAAACUGCUCUCAGGCCUACUACUCGACCCGCUUUACCGUUACCAAGGACGCCAGCGGAUUACCCCAGCUCACACCCCACAGUGGAAGCCUCGUCGCGUACGACGAUUUCAUCGUGAGCCCAUCAAACACGCCGACCGAUAUAGCUUGUGGGGCUUAG